CGGCCUCCAUUCUGUGUAGCAGCUCUUCUCCGACGAUACAUCACAGUAUGGAAUGUUUAUCCCCUGAGUGCCGGUACCCGGCAUGCUGUGUCCCUAGCAUGUUUGGAGACGCCCGGAGUGACCGAGCCACGUCGUGGGACAUCGCGUCGGGGUGCUAUCAAUUAGGUGCUAUCAAUAUCCCAGUCUUGUUGCAGUCUUGUCUCUUGCGUCCACCGCCAUGGGCAAGAGGACCUCCUAUUUCGAUGCGUCUGCCUCUACGCCUCGGAAUCGACACGAGAGGUUCUACUUGCCGGAUGGGAAUGUGAUAUUCCAGGCGGAAGGUACGCUGUUUAAGGUACACCGUUACUUCUUCCUCCAGGGCUCGAAGGUAUUCGAGGACAUGUUCUCCUUGCCUUCGCCACCCGGCGAAGACUACGAAGGCGGGUCAGACGACCAGCCAAUCUACCUCGAGGGCACGACCUCCCUCGACCUCGCCCGCUUCCUCACCGUCUUCUAUCCGAGAACCGUGUGCAAGCCCGACCUCGAGACGACGGGCGAGUGGGCGUCCGUGCUCGCGCUCGCGGUGAAGUGGCAGUUCGAGGACGUGCAGGCGCUCGCCGUCGCGCGGCUCUCGGCGGACGCGCCCCUCGUGGACCAGAUCCUCCUCGCGCGCGCGCACCGGCUCCCGGAGUGGCUCUACGACGCGCACGUGCGGAUCUGCAGCAGGUACGAGCCGCUCUCGCUGGACGAGGGCCGCCGCCUCGGCGUCGACGAGACCGUGGUCAUCUCGGACGUGCGCCAGUACAAUAUCCGGUGCAACCGCGGGAACGUCGACCAUGACAAGCUGAGAGCUGCGCUCCGGCUUUUGCAACAGGGAUGAGGGCCGAGUUCCCGUGUGUGCGGCCUGAGGUAUACCCAGUUGACGGUAUAGAGGUUGCGUUGUCUUCUUGUUUGGACUCAGAGCUGCGUAUGAUCUGAUCUUAGCUUACUUCAUUCUCCAAUAUACCCCCUUACUACGGAUUUCUAUGACAUUUCACCACGCCAUGCCCCAAGCAUUCUCAGCAAGAACAAGGCCCAAGAAGACGCACAUAUUCGCUAGAUGCCGGUGCUGCCUCGUGUCUUCUCAUAUAUUAA